AAAGUUCGUCAUUGCCCAUUAGCGUCAAAGUGGAUCAUUCUGAGCAAUAGAGCAACUCGUUUUCGUGGAGAGAUGGAAUGCGCGGUACCACCUAGGCCUAAGGUUACGGAGAAGAUGAAAGAAUACAUUCAUCGCAUGGACGAGAACGCUGUACCCCCUCGGCUCAUCUGGAGCAACUUACUGCGCGCACCCGACGUGCCUAAGCCAGUUCUAGGAUACCCGUCCUACACCCAAGUUCAGCGCAGUGUGAAG